AUGGGUUCCUCUAAGUUGGCUCCACCCGGCGCAGUCAAGCCGAGUCGAGGAAACCGCAUUAAAAAGGGCGCCAGACACACCAGAUCAGUAGGCUACAGUGUAUCGUCGCAGGCCCGCGUUCUUCAAAAGCCACUCUGUCUGCGAUAUGAGUUCCCGACUUCAGCUGAUUCCAUGCUUUCUCUAGAAAAUCAUAUCAAGUUACUUUCCAACCUUCUGUCGUGCUGCGAACAAACUGAUGCUCAGGUGGCAUGUUGCCCAAGCUCAGUAACAGGGGGAUCUCAGCAUCAGUUUCUGGCAGCUUGGUGUUGCAGCCGCCCCGUAAUCGGUGUUUCAUGCAUCCCUGGUCAACAAGGGGCCUUGGUGGCAGCAGCUACGACAAGCGUAGCACAAGUUUACUCGAUUGCUUCUUUGUGGGCGAACGAUGAAACUGCCCAGCGUUCUGUCCGUGAUAGAAUAAAGCCAGCCAACCGACUUGCAGUCUCUGCAGCAGCUACUACUACUGGAUCGCGAAACAACGGCUCGACCACAAUCGCAGCAGCAGAUGAGGCUCCAGGCUCGACUUUGAUGGGAGCAGUAAACAGACAAGCUUGUUUUAAGUUCGAGCACCAUGAUGAGCCAGCCAAACAUCUGCUAGCUUACAGGCUUUACAAGGCAGAACGCCGACUCUCUAAGUAUGGCCAGCAACAUGCUGCACGCAACUCACACUCUCAAAUGAUGCAUCACCUACCACCACCUCCACCACCUCCAUUACAGACGAUUAAUUGCACAACACUCACGAAUAACACAACCUCAACUUCUUCUGCAAUAAAAACUAUAUCGACAAUGGCUUCCACAAAAAGGAUUGCUAAUCAAGGACCAGAAAGCCUCGAAAUCAACCUGGCUUCUCCCAAAUGUCUGGCAACUGUGGAGAUCACAUUCCCCAGUGAUAUAAUGGCAGGAAAAAAGUGCUAUGAUAACAAAAGACAACCACAGCAGCAGCAGCAUCUUUUGGUGUCCCGCAUGCACUGGCUGAAUAGUGUGUCGAAAAACGCCCACGACAGGUGA